AUGCGUAGCUUUGUUGCUUGUUGUGCUCUGGCAGUCCUGCUGCUGGCUGUGGUCCAUGCUGAUCACCACCUCCACCACCACCACAGCCAUGAAGACAACAUGAGCUGCCAUGUUCUUUCCCCUCUUAAUGCCGACUUUGCCUUUGCCCUCUACAAACAUGUGAAUCGCAGAGCCGGUUCUGGAAAGAACAUCUUCAUGUCCCCUCUGGGCCUCUCCUCUGCUCUAUCCAUGCUGUCCGUAGGAGCCCGGGGCAAGACCCAUGAACAGCUGUUCACCACCCUGGGCUACAGCAGCUUGGACCAGGCACGGGUCAACGAAGCCUACAACCAUCUUUUCCAAAUGCUUGGCCAGAGCCAGCAGGAGCAGAAGCUGGAUCUUGGGGACUCUGUUGCAGUGCGCACUGGUUUCAACCCUUUGCAGACAUUCCUGAAUGACAUUAAGACUAACUAUAGUGGGGAAGUAUUCAACGUUGACUUCUCCAAUCCCUCUGAGGCUGCGGCUCAGAUCAACAGUCACAUUGCUUCAAAAACAAACGAUAUGAUUAAGGAUAUGGUAAAGGACUUGGACCCUGAAACAGCCAUGAUGCUGAUCAACUACGUCUACUUUAGAGGACAAUGGGAGAAGCCCUUCAACAAAAACCAUACAGCAAAGGCAGAGUUCCAUGUGGAUGAAAACACCAAGGUUGAAGUGGACAUGAUGAAGAAGAUUGGGCGCUUUGAUUACUACCAUGAUGACGGCAACCACAGCACCAUCGUCUCUCUUCCCUACAAGGGCAAUACCUCCAUGAUGAUUGUUUUGCCUGAUGAAAACAAGAUGGAGGAAGUUGAGGGCUUCAUUAGCAAGAACCACUUGAGACACUGGCAUGACAGUCUCUACAAGAACAACCUGAACCUUCGAAUGCCCAAAUUCUCCAUCUCUGUCUCCACUCCACUGGACGAUGUUCUGAAGGAAAUGGGAGUGACAGAGGCUUACAGUGAUAACGCUGAUUUCUCUGGCAUAUCUGAUGAGAUCAAGCUUAAAGUCUCAAAGGUCUCGCAUCAGGCUGAGCUGAGAGUGGAUGAAACAGGCACGGAAGCCGCCGCUGUCAGCACCAUAGAGAUCAUGCCAAUGAGUCUGCCCAUGGAGAUGAAUCUCAACCGACCCUUCCUGGUCUUCAUUAUCGAGCACUCGACGAGGAGUAUCAUCUUCGCAGGGAAGAUCAGCAACCCCGCAGCUGCGUAGAGACCGGUGCGACGGGUAGACCUGCCAUAGUUUGAGUGAGCCUCAGCGGCUUCAGGACAUUCAUCCAUCAUCCUUAACAGCAAUUACUACUGUGAUAUUAAGCGGACUGAAUAAAUGAGAAGUAGAGGGGGUGAAUAAGACAACAGACCUAUCUACAAGUAACAGAAAUGUGCUUCCAUUAAUCCGUCUGUCACCAUUAAACAUUCGGUGUUAUCUGUCAUCUGUCUUGGUUGGUUAAUGUCUUUCUCCAUCAUGAUUGAUAUUCUCCCAUUGACUGUUUUAAGUGAUGAAUUAAGGACCAAAACAUCUGCAGACACAGCAUUCGCAGCACCCACUGACACAUUAAAGUAACUUCUAAUGCACUAUUGCUGUUUUAACUAGGCUCAGUUUGAAAUGAAAUAAAGACUCGGUUUUAAAAAAAUCUUAAA